AUGAUUGUAGAUAUCGCAAUUGCAGUAUUUUCUAUACUUUGGAUCUUAUUCACAUUAUAUCUUAAUCAUUUGUUUUAUACAAUUUAUGUUCCGGUGCUAUACAUUUCAUUUAUUCUCAUUGAUAUUGUCGUUCCAAUAUUGAUAGUCCCAUCAGCUUACGUAGCGGCGCAUGGAAUUGUUGGACUUAAAGGUCAUUCUGGAAUUGUUGGACUUAAAGGUCAUUCUGGAAUUGUUGGACUUAAAGGUCAUUCUGGAAUUGUUGGACUUAAAGGUCAUUCUGGAAUUGUUGGACUUAAAGGUCAUUCUGGCAUAGAAUAUGUUUUGGAAAUAGUUCUUGGAUUAGUUGCAUUCGCAGUUUACACCUGCGUCUUCUUACUUAGCUCCAUUCUUAAGGCAAGAUCAGUUGUUUUAUCUAAUUUCUCCUUCCCAAUGUUCGAAUAUGAUGCAGUUACAACAUGGAUCCUUAUUACAGCAGCUUGUGCCGUACUCUCAGCUAUUUUCAACUACUUCGAUAGCUGGUUUUACACAUUAGGUUGUAUUAUUCACAUUUUAAUCACAGUUUAUGUACAACUUCGUAUCUACUAUCUUCCUUUCUAUGAUCUAUGGCGCAACGUUCUCAUGAUGGCCUUCUGUUUAGCAACAGUUGUACUUAAUAUAAAUUAUUUCGUCAUCGCAUAUGUCGAUAAGUUCAAAUUCAACUACACAAUAUUUGUAUUCAUAAUAAUAUUGAUAUUGGGCUAUAUAGGUGGUACAGGUGCCAUUACAAAAGUUUCAGGAGAUUUCAGAAAAGCAUUAACAUACCAAGAAGACGUAACAAAUGUUCCUGAAUACUUAGAUUCACUCAAGAUCAAUAAGAACUCACACCAAGCUAACAUGUGGAUCAUUGUUGGUUUAAUCUUUAACAGUGAUUACUUUGUUGAUGGUUCUUUAACCGAUUACUGCCUUAACUGCCCCAAUUUGGAUGGAGCUCUUUCAAUGUUACUCCAAGUUGUCACAUUAUUCCCAUUCGAGUCCCGUAAAAUGGAUGUUCUUUUCAAGAGAGUCAUUCAGAAGCAUAAACUCGGUUUUAGCGACAGAUUCUUGAUCUACCAAUGCUUCAGAAUCAAGAUGAAGAGAUUAGUUUCAGAUACAAAAGACACUCUCGAGAUGUUCAACAAGCUAAAGAACAAGAAUGAAGUUUGCAAGAACACAAUCAAAGCAUUUUGGGACAAGAAUGAAGCUCAUUCAGCAUAUAUCUCAAGUUUGAGCCUUCUUGUUAAUGAUUUAGAUCAAUUAUUCAAAGCAUCAUUAAUGAGCAAUCCAAACAACUUGAGACUUAUUACAGAAUACUCCAAUUUCUUGGCAGAAUGCAAAGGAGACUUCGAUAAUUCAAUCAAGGAAAGUAUCAGAGCAGAAUUGAUUGGUGAUGGAAAGAACUUCAAUGUUGAUGUUUCCUUUAGAUCUUUGGUCAACAAAUUCCCAAGAUAUCUCAAGGACAAAGUCUUAGAUGCAAAAGGACACAAAAUUCUUAAAUCAGGAAAAGAAGCUAAAAGUGGAAGCCAGAAAUCAAGUUCUAGCGCUAAUUCUGGUUCUACAGGUGCAAGUUUCGAUUCAAAUUCUGUUGACUUUGAAAGACAAGAAACAGUUUCAAAGAAGAUAUUGAGAGAUGCAAAAGUUAGAUUGGCAUUCCAUCAUGGUAUUCAAGACACAAGGCCUUGGGAAUAUAAUGCAAUUAUUAUGCAUAUAGUUGCUAGUACAGUUAUCAUCCUUGUUGCUUAUAUUGGCUUCUAUGCAUAUGUCAGAAUCAACAUGAAAUGGAGAAGAUAUGGUUACAAAGAUCUUUCUACUAUCGGCUAUGCAACAUUCUACACAAUCUAUGCUAAUGUUUACACAAUGUCAAAGUUCGCUGCUGACUCAAAUAGAAUAGAUCCAUCAGGAAAAAUCCUUGGUAACAUUUCUAUCGAUGAUGUUGUUGUAGAAACAUUGAUUCCAUUAGAUAUCUCACUUCCAAUGAAGACAUAUGUUUGCAUGAACAGAUCUCGUUACUACCUUGGCUCAUUGUUAAAUAAAUUGGCGGAUAAGGCUCUUGAAGGCGACGAUCCUUAUGAUAUCGCUUACGUAUUAAUUCAAACAAACUCUACAUUCAAAGUUUGUGAUCAAGCAAGUCCAGUUUACGCGAUCAGAGCAAGUUUAAAGGCGGAAUUAAUUGUUUUCAGUUACUUGCAUAACUAUAUUGCUGGUUUGUACAAUGAAAACAAAAUGCCAGCAAAUCUUUAUGCAUCCAAUGAUUAUUGCCAGAUUUUGUCAAAUAUCCCAACCAUUUCAGAAAACGCCGAUAUAACAUUCCAUUCAAUUCUUAAUUACCAUAUUGAUAAAGCAAAUUAUUAUGAUGGUAUAUUCAUUGCUUGGCUUGUAUUUGGCUUAGUUGCAAUGGCAGUUAUUUGUGGAAUUCCACUUUUCGUCAUUGGUUUCUUAUACAACAGAAGAAUCACAAAGAUGUGCCAGAUUUUGCAUCAAUUACCUCCACCUGUCAAAGAAGAUGCCAGAAGGGCAUUGAUGUUGAAUCAAGAUCUCAACAGUGAAAACAGUGCAGGAACAACAGAAGUCAAAUCAGCAUUCUUAGUUGUAAUAAGAAUCAUUUAUUAUAUUGCUUUAAUUGCUUGUUUGAUUGUUUAUGCUUUGUUUGUUAUCACAACAACAAAACUGAACUCCAAUCUUACAAAGCUUCUCAGAUGGUUCUUCUAUUCAUGCCAGAGAAUCACACUUGCUUCACAAUGCGGUAACAAUGCUAUUCAGAUGAUUUUCUUGAAUGGAUCAUUACCACAAACAAUUGUGAACACAUCACAGUUAAGAGAUAAUGAGAUUUCAAUGCUUGACAAGUUCAUGGACUCAGAAAGAAUAUUAUUAUAUGGUAAUGACGAAGUUGAAGGCAGUGUUGGCUUCGAUGAAGAGUUGGAUCACUUGCAUCUUGAAAGUUACUGCGAUUUAGGAAGAGAACCAAAGUCAAUACAUGAUAUGUAUGCAUGUGGUUCUUUGGAUGCACAAAUUCAGAUGCUUAAGUUCUUUGUCGAUGAAGUUAUUAAGAACUUAAAGUUCUUCCAAGGAAACAUGAUGAGUGAAGUUGCUGCAAACUAUGCACACAUUUUGCGUUUCCACUUCUAUCCAAGUGUUAUCAGAGCAACAAAGAGAAUUUCUCAUAUAAUGAAAACCACAUAUGAUAACACAAUGACAAAAAACAUCAUUUUCCUUGCAGCAGGAUUUGUUUGUUUGAUUUUUAUUUUUGUAUUACCAUGGUUCUUCAGAAACGUCAUGAUUCAGAAUUACCGCAUUUUCUUGAUGCUCUUGAAACAUCUUCCAAUGCAAACAAUCAUUGAUACACCAGAAAUCCUCGAGUUCUUCACAGGCAAGAAGAAAGCCAAAGUUGAAAGAAUGUCAACAUCAAAGUCAAUUGUUUAUGGUGCAAGUGAAUGCAUCAUUAUCACAAACGCUUCAAGUGUUAUUGAAAUCAUCAAUAACUCUGUUACAGCAAACAUCGGUUUAACUCCAGAUCAAAUGCUUGGUCAGCAAUUUGCCAAUUUCGUUGGUACUGAUGAUCAACAGCGUCUCAACCAACAGAUUGAUAUGAUGACAAGUGGACAAGGAUCAGCAUUCUGGGAAGACCAUCUUACUUUGUUAAAUGAUAAGAAUGAUUUCGUUCCAUUCACAGUUAACUUGAUUGGAAUGAAAGAUGAAGGUUCAAAUGAAAUUAAGAGCUUCGUUUUCAUCUUAAGAAACGAAACAGAAGAGAUCCAGAAGAGAAAGGCAGCAGAAGAAGCUAAAGCCAAAUCAGAGAAGUUGUUGUAUCAGAUCUUACCAAAGGAUAUCGUUGUAAGACUCAACAGAGGUGAAACAGAUAUUUCAUUCACAAUUCCAUCAGCAACAAUCUUCUUCAUUGAUAUUGUCAAAUUCUCCAAUUAUGCUGCAACAUUAACACCAUCAGAAAUCAUGGCAAACCUUUCAUUGGUGUUCGCAACAUUUGAUAAGAUUGUUGCCGAAUAUCCAAUCAUCACAAAGAUCAAAUUAAUCGGUGAUGUUUACAUGGCAGCUGCUGGUCUUUUCUGCACAGAAGAAGAUGAUCCAAAGAAACAUGCAGAAGAUGCAUGCAGAGCUUGCUUGAGAUGCCAGAAGGCCAUGGAAGACAUCAAUGUUAAACUCAGCGCUUCUCUUGAAGUCAGAAUUGGUGUCAACUCUGGUGGUCCACUCAUUGGUGGCGUUUUGGGUUCUGAUAAGCCAACAUUCGAUAUCAUUGGUGAUCCAAUCAAUGUCGCUGCUCGUCUCCAGAGUACAGAUAUCCCAGGAUGUGUCCAAAUUUCUAGUGAAACAAAGGAUUUGAUCGAAGGUUUGGACUUCAUCGUUGAAGAAAGAGGUCAAAUUUAUCUCAAAGGCAAAGGUGAAAGACUUACUUACUUCGUUAACUUUGCAACUAAGUCUGACCAAGAAGCCUCAUUUGUUAUGGCUCUUAAUUCUACAACUGAAUAA